AUGGGCGAACAAACCCAACCUCAACCUCAACCUCAACCUCCAUCCCAAUCCCAGUCUCAAACUCAGACUCCGUCGGAGUCCCAACCCCAAUCGAAUUCCCCCACCUCCGUCGCCCCAAUCGAGACCGCGACUGUCUCCGUCGCCACCGUCACUCUUCUGCCAACUGAACUCACCGCCGUCCCUCCUCCGCCUCCUCACUCCGCCUCCUCCCCUCUCGCCAAAAUCCCCUCUCGCCCCCGCAAAAUUCGCAAGCUCUCCCCGGAGGAAGCCACUCCGACCACCGCCGCUGCCGACCAAGUCAAUACCGCCACUGCCACCCCGGCCGCUAGAACCGCCACCGCGAAAUCCUCGAGAACCAAGGCUUCGAAUCAGCAGCGCGCUCUGGUAGUCGGGCCGAGGAUAAUCGCAAGAUCCCUAUCCUGCGACGGAGAGGUCGACAUCCCGAUUCGCCACCUCCGUCAGUCGGAUCCUCUCUUGAGCUCCCUAAUCGAUCUCUACCCAGCCCCAACCUUCGACACAUUCCACACGCCGUUCCUCGCCUUAACCCGAAGCAUCCUCUACCAGCAGCUCGCGUACAAGGCCGGGACCUCGAUCUACACCCGCUUCAUCUCCCUCUGCGGCGGCGAAUCCAACGUCCUCCCUGAAACCGUCCUCGCCCAAUCCGCAAUCUCGGGGAGUGUCUGGGGUUGA